CGUGAUACUGCUAAUAAAGCUGAUCUUGAAGCAAGACUAGAAGUGCUAAAGGAUUUGUUAAAAAAUUAUGAUGAUCCUGGUAUAAUUUUAGACGUGGUUGUAUUCUUUGAUGGGAGUGAUUGGAGAGUUGUUAUUGAUGUUGAUAAAAGUUGUGACUUGAGAGGCGCUCCACUUUUAACUGAUUACCGAAAGGAGCGACAAUAUCACACUUUCAGCAAGGAAGAUAAAAUGAAUUUUUCUGUUAAUAUUUACGAGGAAGGAAAUAUUGUCAGUAUUGUUACUACAUCUCAUGAUCACGGAACUCACGUUGCAGCUAUUUCUGCUGCAUAUCAUCCAGAUGAGCCUAUUCUUAACGGGGUUGCUCCAGGUGCACAAAUUGUUUCACUUAAAAUUGGCGACACUCGAUUAGAUGGUAUGGAAACUGGUGCCGGAUUGGCAAGGGCUGCUAUAUCGCUCGUGGAAACUAAAUGUGAUCUUGCCAAUAUGAGUUUUGGUGAAGCAACAGCUGUGCCAAAUUAUGGUCACUUUAUUGAAUUAAUUCGCGAUGAAGUUGUUGGAAAACAUGGUUGUAUUUUCAUAAGUAGCGCUGGCAAUAAUGGUCCUGCUUUGAGCACAAAUGGUGCACCCGGUGGUACCUCUAGCGAUGUUAUUGGAGUUGGAGCCUAUGUUAGUCAUUCAAUGAUUCAAGCUGAAUAUGGGCUUCUUGAGUCAGUCCCUGAACGUGCGUACACAUGGUCUUCUCAAGGUCCUAACACUGAUGGUGAUAUCGGUGUUACAAUAUAUGCCCCCGGAGG